UUUCAUGUUACCUUUUUAAUUUACAGUUCAUAGUUACUGCAUAGCCUGUGCUUUAAUUACUCCAUAAACAUAAACUUACCUUGAUGUGAUUUGUUAUUAUACGUAAAUGGCUUAGGGGUUACACCUUUUACCCAACUAUUUGUCAGUAGUUAUAUCGAGGUAUUCUUAAACAAAAAAAAAAAAAAAAAAAAAAAAGAAAAAAAAAAGCUGAGUUUAAAAAAAAACCCCAAUGUGAAAAGUAGUCGAGUCAAGCUAGGGCUUUGUAAAUGAUUGCUGAAGUAAAAGAUUUUAGCAUGAUUGAAAAAAAAUGACUGAUGUGUGGGGGGAUAACUUUUCUAAGUUGUUUUUAUUUCCAGGUUUCAAUGUAAUUAGGCUACUGAGCGGAUCAGCUGUAGCUCUGGUAAUAGCCCCUACUGUAUUACUGACAAUGCUUUCUUCUGCUGAACGAGGAUGCCCUAAGGGCUGUAGGUGUGAAGGCAAAAUGGUAUAUUGUGAAUCUCAGAAAUUGCAGGAGAUUCCCUCAAGUAUAUCUGCUGGUUGUUUAGGUUUGUCCCUUCGAUAUAACAGCCUCCAAAAACUAAAAUACAAUCAAUUUAAAGGUCUUAAUCAACUCACCUGGCUCUAUUUAGACCAUAACCACAUCAGCAAUAUUGACGAAAAUGCUUUCAGUGGAAUACGCAGACUAAAAGAGUUGAUCUUGAGUUCCAACAGAAUCUCCUAUUUUCUUAAUAAUACCUUCAGACCUGUGACAAAUCUCCGGAAUUUGGAUCUGUCAUACAAUCAGCUGCAGUCUCUGGGAUCUGAACAGUUCAGGGGCUUAAGGAAGCUGCUGAGUUUACAUUUGCGGUCCAAUUCCCUAAGAACCAUCCCUGUUCGAAUAUUUCAAGAUUGCAGGAACCUUGAACUGUUGGACCUGGGUUAUAAUCGCAUCCGGAGUUUAGCAAGGAAUGUCUUUGCAGGUAUGAUCAGACUGAAAGAGCUUCAUCUGGAGCACAAUCAAUUUUCUAAGCUCAACCUGGCACUUUUUCCAAGGCUAGUCAGCCUUCAAAACCUUUAUUUACAGUGGAAUAAAAUCAGUGUGAUAGGACAAACUAUGUCUUGGACCUGGAGCUCAUUACAAAGACUUGAUUUAUCUGGCAAUGAAAUAGAAGCUUUCAGUGGACCUAGUGUUUUUCAGUGUGUGCCCAAUUUACAGCGCCUCAACCUGGAUUCAAACAAGCUCACAUUUAUUGGUCAAGAAAUUUUGGAUUCUUGGAUAUCUCUCAAUGACAUCAGCCUUGCCGGGAAUAUAUGGGAAUGCAGCAGAAACAUUUGCUCUCUGGUAAACUGGCUUAAAAGUUUUAAAGGGCUGAGGGAAAAUACAAUUAUUUGUGCCAGCCCCAAAGAGCUGCAAGGGGUGAAUGUUAUUGAUGCAGUGAAAAACUACAGCAUCUGUGGCAAGAGUACCACGGAAAGGUUUGAACUAGCACGAGCUCUCCCAAAGCCAACAUUUAAACCAAAACUCACCAGGCCUAAACACGACAGCAAGCCCCCUCUGCCCCCAACCAUGGGAGCCACCGAGGCCAGCUCUGAGCCCGAGCACGACACAGAACACAUCUCCUUCCAUAAAAUCAUAGCAGGCAGCGUGGCUCUCUUCCUGUCGGUGCUGGUGAUCCUGCUGGUGAUCUAUGUGUCAUGGAAGCGCUACCCUGCCAGCAUGAAGCAGCUGCAGCAGCGCUCUCUCAUGCGACGGCACAGGAAAAAGAAAAGACAGUCGCUGAAGCAAAUGACUCCAAGCACACAGGAAUUUUAUGUAGAUUACAAACCUACCAACACUGAGACCAGUGAGAUGCUGCUGAAUGGAACAGGACCCUGCACGUAUAACAAAUCAGGCUCCAGGGAAUGCGAGGUCUGAAAUGAUGGCUGGUACCACUGAAUCCUUGAAACAUGGUUGGAAGAAGCAAGAAAAAUCAAAUAUAUUUUAAACCAAGCAGCAACACAGCUUAAAAAGACUGCAGAAAAGGUGAGGAACAGCUUAAUUCUCAACUGUCACAGGCAAGCGUAAGUUUUAUUUCUAUCAGGAAAAAAAAGCAAAAUGUUGCUUAUAAAAUGGUAAAGUACCCAUUCACCUUUUAUGUUCACCAGUAUUCAGUAUGUAUCCAGUGCAAGCCCUCAAAAUGCUUUAGAGGGAGGCCUGAGUUGCCAGGCACUCCUUCCCAUGCAGCUUGUCUUGCCAGAAGAGACAUUUUUGUGUCUGUCACAUGAGCCUACCACAGCUCACACUGGAGAUCCACAUAACCUGCCCUGCCAGGGUGUUCCCCGUGCUGCAAGACAAAGAACACAACUCACAUACUCCCUUGGCAUCACCCUUGGCCACUGACAGCCUGGGUCCAAGCACCACUGUCCUACAUCACAUCUUGGAUACACCUGCACUUGGGAUAUUUUCCCAGUUGCUCUCAUUCCAGCUGGCUCUUUGUUUUAUUGGAGCAGCAGAACCAGCUCAGCACUUCCUGCCCUUCUGCUGUGCCUCUUCCACAGCAAUGUUCACAUUCUGUUCCUGGCCAUUCCCCAUGUGCUGUCCACAUCAGCUUUGGGGUCUCAGUGCAUUAGAAUACAUCAGCCCCAAACCCCCUGUCAGUACUAAGCUCCAGAGCAGUUUUAUAAAGAUGUGGUUGGGCAUGAAUAACUAAUGACUGGCACCAACCCCCAGCUGAUAGUAAAUCAAACAGCCCUGUCCAAAGGUCAGUGUUCACAUUGCAAUCGAGAGAUGAGCAGCCUGAGUCCCAGAAAGGGGAGUCCCAGAGAUGACCAAGCCAUUGGCAGAGGCGGGUGACAGGAGCCAGGCUUCCUGGCUUCUGCACUGGACAAAACUCAGAAACCCCCAGGUUUUCUGACCCUUUGUAAACCCAGGCAAUGGUGUUAAAAAGGAAAUGCGUCAAUUCUAGCAAAUUGUUCACUGCUCAGGAUAAUUGACUAAAAACAGUCCCCUGUACUGCUGCUUUCUUUGAGCAGUUAGUUGAGAUUUUAUGGCUAAAUUUCAGGAUUUCAGGUAUAGCACAGUACGUCAUAGCAAUCAUUAAACACAAAACCAGCUUAUUGGCAAUAAUGCCACCUUUGAAGUGGGAGUUUAAAAGCCUCAGCACUGAAGCCUAACUCUAGCAGAAGCACAGCUUUGGUGCAAAUGUGGAUAUAAACCAUAUUCUUUAGGAAACUCAGGCAUUGAUACUAAUGAACAAGGCCAGGCAGGUCUCGUUCGCACAUCCCCAUAAAGCUCUGGGAACACUCAGGUGCCCCAACAUCUGAUGCUGUGGCAUGUGCUUUUCAAGAGUGCUUCUCCAGCGGAUCCUACAUGUUUCACCAUUCAUGAAUAAAUUCUUACUAUUAAUGAUGUUUCUUAAGACUGCUGCCGACCUAGGAAAGUUAAAAUGGAAGAAAAUGACAGGAAACUAUUUCAGCCCCAGUAGAGCUGCCAGACUUUGGUUAGCACCUUUCACAGGCAGUAAACCAUAGGGCCAGCAGGAGGAUGUGCAUGUCAGGAGCAUUAACUCUGAUUAAACCUCUCUGUUCAUUUAGUCCAGAAAGUACCAUUUGGCAACACUGCUUUUUCUCCCUCUCAAAGAGCACCUGAAACUGAGGAUGUUUCAACAGCUGAAGCAACCUUUACACUUGGAGACUCACUAAAGGGAAGAAUCCACUGUUCUCAGCCCAGUCUGCCUGCAGUUAAAGCAAUCAGUGCCUUGCUGACAAUCACAGGUUUAAAAGGUGUUCAAUUUAUGAAUGCAGCAAGAGACAGAUAAAGAGGUGCUGCUCUCUGUCUUUACCAGAUAAUUCCACAGCCCAGCUCUCCAGUAAAUAAUCUCUGACUAGAGCCAAGCAAGUCCUUGCAGCAAACUCUAAGAUUAAGCGAUGAUUAAAAAAUAAUGCAGUUUCUGUAAUGGCUUUUUUCCCUUCCCAAAACAGUUACUUGCAUUUAGAGUUAUUCUUUCCUUGACCACUGCAAAGUAAGUGCAGUGUAACCCUACUGAAUGCAAAAAAAUGUGAGGCAGAAAUGCUACAAGCUCAAAAGACAGAAAGUCUUUGCUGCCUAAAGCAAAUACCAGGUAAAGCACUUUACUUGCUAUACUGUAAGCAGAAUUAGCAUAAUUUUCAAAGUCAUCCAUUUUAUCCAGCAUGCCACAAGUUUUAGCACUGCUCUGUUUCGGGUGUUUAGAAAGCUGUCUGGAUUAGGGCAGUCAUCCAUUAGUACUUUACACUCCCACUGGUCUGUCUUCUUUAUGGCCUGAGAACAUCAGACACUGAAAGCAUUGGUGAGUACUACCUACUUCAGGUUCCUGACUGGGUUUUACCACUCACUCCUCUGUCUUCUCACCCAAUGCUUCUCUCACAUAGCAAUCACUAGUCUUCAGUGAUUUUAAAAUAAUUCAGUGAUUGAAUAGGCAUCUACCAGCAUUUUCUUAUAAUAAAAUAUUGCAAUUGGGUGUCUUAGUCUCCCAAAUAAAUUACAGUACCAAUAUGAGGAAUUAAUCCUAAUGAACUCUCUAAUAAUGGGCCAAAUCUUUGGAUGCUCUAAAUGUCAUCAGUGGAAUUUUUAUACUGGCAGAAAAUUUGGCCCUACAGAUUUAAUAAUGCAUCAGCAGACACUUUUCAGCAUUUUUUGGAGGCACAAAUUGGAACUCACCACAUUUCUGCCUAAUGGAAGUAGCUGACAAGCCAAGGAACUCAUCAGGAGUAUUUGAAAAUUACCUUUACUCAUCCUCUCCAUGCAUUCUUAGUGCACUGCCUUCUCCCCCAGCUGCUGGAAGUCACGUGGGAGACACAGAAACCAGGGGAAUAAGGGAAUGGCUAAGCCAGCCAGGAUUCAUUUAGCACACGACAAUGUGUUAAAAGCUCAGCCUUAUGACACAUUCCUCACUAAUGUCACAAUAGUUACAGAGGAAGGAUAGGUUUGAUAUGUCAAAAUGUUAUACAGCUUGUCUGUGUUCCCACUGAAGUUCAUUUAAAGUGAACUUCUAAAAGGAUAAAUUACAGUAUUUGUAAUUUUCUUUCAGAUUCUUACUAUCCUAUUCACAUCUAAACUGCACUGGCUCUAUUUAAUAAAAGUAAUCAGAUUUACACUUUAUUCACUCAUUUUUGUAACAAAUGCUGUGGAAUAAGCUCAGACUUCCAAUAUGGGUGUUUCUCACCACCUGUGUAAGAAUAGGAAGAGCAGAAGACAAAAAGCAGCAGGUUCAGCUCAUUGCCACUUGGUGUGAUUUGCCUGAGGACUGCAUGAGCUUCCAGACUGAGGCAGCUUCAGGCAUAAAAAAAGCAUCACCUCUUGAUGCUAUGUUAAUAGUUAUAAUCCAACUACUUCUAAUUACUUAAAUACUUAGAGUCUAAAAGAGUCAUCAUUUUCACACUGAAUGCAGUUAUAGCUCUCAGACAUGGUUUAACAUUACAGCAUCAAAGGCAAGAGAGCAGUGUCAGUCAGCAGCAACAAAUUCAUUGCAUUUUUCAAGAAAAGAAGCAGCUCUGAUUCCUGAAUUCUGCCACUUUAGGACAAAUAAUGUAUUUUCAGUUUGAUUUCCUACAGGAGGUAUCAGUUGAGGGUGAAGGAUUUAGCAAAGUACAAUUGCCAAAGCAGUAUUCAUCACCAAACUUCAUCAAUUAAUCUAAAGAUGCAAUGCUGGCUCCUGAAUCAAAGAAAAUGGAAAUCAGUUUUGUAUGAAAAGUACAUUCCCUGUGUGUCAGCUGAUUCCCUUUCCAAGGGGCUGUAUUACUACCCUUGCACAAACUCAUAGCAUAUGCAUCUACAACUUCUGAAACCUCACCUGAGUCUAUCCAACUGACCAUGUUAUCAGCUCGCUCUGACAACACUGCUGCCUUGUCAUGUGCCACAAUUAACAUCCUUUUCUGACCCUCCUGCCUGUGAAGGACUGCUACUCACUCAUCAGUUCUACAUUCCACCUCUGAAACUUCUUCCCCUCAAAGACACACCACUUUGAUAAACCAAGAAACUAAAAAAACCUGCUAGUCUUGAUGAAGGGAUGGCAAUUAGCAAUGAGAAUUCUAUGGUGGAUAAACUUUUAAGACAAAGUUUAAAAAUAAGCAAAAUAUCAGUGUUUGAAUAAAAAAGCAAAGGUCUGGUGAGAGAUUGUAAGGUCAUUAAUGAGCAGAGUAAUUUAACAAAAAAGGUAAAUUUAUAGUAAUGAACUUUGAUGAUACACAAAGUUAUGCAGUAUCAUCAACACAGGGGUACUGAACUAUUAUGCUGAAAGAGGGAGAUGUCGCAAAACAGUGCAGUAGAAAGAAAAAUAUUAAAAUUGAUGGGAAAUAAUACAGUUAUGCAUUUAGAAACAAUUUUUCCAUAAACAAUGGGCUUAUUCACCAGAGAUAACAGCAGGGAAAGAAAAAUAUGAAUGUAUUCAUCAAUUCCAACCUUAGUAGGAAGGAGUAAUGCAGUAUGGCUUGGAAGAAGGUGAACUUGAUUCUAAACACAUCAAUUGAAUAAUUUUCAGUAAAGAAAGAGAUUUGUUAACAUUAUUAUGAGAUGUACAAGUACUUUCUCCUGGAUAAUACAUCAAGCUGUUCAGCUGGAUUUGAGAAAGGGAUUCAAAAUGAAUUUCUGAUGGAGACAACAACGUUUAUGACAAUCACUAGGAUGGAAGAAAGGGAGUUAACAGCUUGGAAAUUUAUCAUACAAAAGUUACGGACAAAGAGGAAAUUCGGUAUAUCUCAGUAAAUAAACCCCAGAGGAAAGGCGGGUUAGUUUAAACUGGAAGCCAGUGAAAUGUCUUUAUAUUGACCCUAUCACAAUGAAAUCAGAAACUGAAGAAUUUCUAAAGCAGGAAGAUGAGGUCCUACAACAAAAAUAGCAAAAGAACAGGGAAGGUUAAGAAACAAGAGUUUCAAGAAUGAGCUAAAGCAGGAAAAGAGAGGAACCUCCAUAUUUAUGUUCUGUUCAUCCCAAAGCCCCACACUGGGUAGAAGCCUUGCUGAGAGCUCUGGUGUGGCUCUACACCAGCACAGAGGCCCGGGGCUAUGGCAGGAAUGGAGACUCCUCUGUCAGCAACUGCUGCACCUUUGGUGUGCAGGGAACGCAGGGGAGUCAGGCAGCAGAUGAGGAAGACAUCUCAGGAGUACCAACUCAUUCCAACACACUGCUAGGCUGAAGAAACCCCUAGAAAUUAUCAGUGUCGGUCCCUGAGUUGGUAGGAAGUAAUUCCAGAGCCCUUUGUAUAGGAGUCAAAAGCCGGAUUCAGCGAAGUGACAUUCCAAAAGUCUUCCCCCUCAGAUAAAGCAGUUGUUCCCCCAGGCUAUGUCUGUCAGUAUCUUGCACUUGGAUUAAUCAUGCAGGAUUUUAGGCUAACCUACUUCCCUAGGUUCUCCUGAGGAACUUCAUGCUCAUCCCAAGCAGCAUCUCUGGCUCCAUGCUCUGCAUUCUAGGGGAGCUCCAAGCUCUGGCAGAUCUGUGCCAAACUGAGCUUCCAUCACACCAGGAAUGCUUACUGAGCUAGUUUUAAGGCAUGUCUCCUAGGAUUUCAGAUGCAGAGUUCUUUGGCCAUCACAAGAUUUAUCAAACAAAUCACCAACAACACAGAUCUUUCUCUAGUCCCUAAGAGGUCCCCUUUAAACACAAAUGAAGAUUACUACAGCAAAAGGAGCAGAGCUAACUACAGAGCCUAGAAAGCAUCCUCCAGUGAGGCAGGACCUUUUGACACACGCUUUAGACACUCCACUUUGCACACAGAAUGCUUAAUGUCACCAUUAUGGCUUCUACAGUGAAUCCUCAAUUAGGAAAAGAGUCAGAAUAGGUUUUUAUGGCACUACUUCAUUCAUUUACCAAACUCCUUAAAGGUGAAAUUUGCCCUAGGUGCUUGCUUGACUGUGUUGCUCCAGAAGUUAUACUAGUAUAAAAUCUGGUUUUAUUCUCAGUGAUUCAAGAUGAUGAAUGACAAGCCUUAGCCUUUCAAUAUUCCUGAGGCAAUGCGGAUGCCAAAUAUCCCACUCUGUAAUUCUUUAAUACUUCUCCAGAGAAUUUCAGGGUUAUAAUAAAACCUGAAAGCAGGGGAACUGAUGACUUUCCUGAAUUCACUGACUUUUAAACUCUCUUGUUAACAGAAGGUAUUCUAGCUUUCAGACAGAUCAUAGUAAAUGCUCAAGGCACUGAAAGUAUUUGCAUUUGAAAAAACCAAUGGCAAUCCAGGAGCCAUAGGAAUCAUGGAGUUUAUUACCAGCAACAUAGUCCCUUCCCACCUCUCAUCUGUGCUGACCCUACAUCUGCUGAGAGGCAUUGUUCAUUAACUGUGGCUGUGGACUACUGGACUGGCUGAGGGAAAAUUAUUUUAGUACAUGUGACCAAAGGCACAGUUUCAAUGGUUGGGAAUUUCCACCCUCCCCAUCUGAGCACACAACGUGUCCCAGAGCACUCAGCCAGGUCUCUGGGAGCUUUGCACUUUUGGGCUGGAUUCGUGCAGGGGUCUCGAAUCAAACCACAUUCCUUCUGCAGCCAGCUGAGCCAGAGCAUGUCCUCCAGGAAUGUUCCAAAGCUUGGGAGCGCUCCCAGCGCAAGAUCAGACAAGGAGUGACCCAGGCCGUGCAGGCUGCCGGUGCUGCUCAGUGGCUGCUCUGGCCAGCCCAGGUGUGCCCCGCGUGCCCCCAGAGCUCCUCUAACAACAGCCACACGGCCCGGAGCUUUGCCCAGUUGCUCUGGCACAUCUUGGAACACUGGAAGCUGAGGGAAGUCAAUAAUCAGCUCUAUCUCUUUCUGCCUAAUGAAAGAUAGAAGUAAUAGUAAUUUAAUCUGGUACCAUAUCACAAGCUGCUGUAGAGCAGAGGAGACCCUAGAACAAGAUUAAAGAGCAGAAAGAAAGAGGUCCUUUUCUCUCAGAGCACCAUCCUGAAACUCAGAGCCACUGUCCCCACAAAACAGCUCUAAAGGUUCAAACUACCCUAUGCACUACAGGCCAUCUUACAUAAGCAACAUUCCUAUUUUCAAUUCUUUAACCUGUUCCACAGCAGCUGUGAUGACUACAAAGUAUGAGAGGCUACAAAUCAAAACGUGACAUUUGAAUCAACCACAUUAAAUGAAUCAUAAGAUCAACAAAGGUGCAUAAAAAACAGCUAAUUGCAACUUCCACAACUUUCAUUUGACAGAGUAAGGAAUGUUUUGUCCUUCAUGUCACAUGGAUUUCAUACUUUUUUAAUAACAAAAAUUAAAUAUACAGAUCAAUACACAGAUGCACAGACUAUCUACCACCACUGCAGAAAUUUCCAAAAAUAAUUAUUUCACUGGUCAUUUUCUUUGUAAAACACUGCCUCUGCAGUAAAAGAAAACAUUUCAUAUGCUCUUGAGCAAAAAAUUCUUCUGCAAUAUUUCUUGUCAAAAUAGUUGCAGGUGAUGUGAGUGGAAGCCAUUGGUGGUACUGCUGCAGAAGGCAAUGAAAAUGCAGAGGGAGCACUGCCCUGUGGCCACCGGGGAUCGCUGCCAGCCUGAGCGGGUGACUCCAGAGCACUCACUGCCAUCCAAGCCUGUGGGGAUGGCACCGUGAUGACAGCACCACGCUGCAGUCAUAGUGAAGUCAUAAUGCUCUGCAAAUUUAAUUGGAUUGCUUGGCAUCUCAGUACAUUACUCACACAGGCCCAGCUGGAAACUGAUGGAGCAUUGACUCAGCAGCACUUACUCACCAGUGCCAUAAAAUGAUAAAUAGCGACUUUCAAAGAACAUGAGGUGUGAGAAGAAGGGAAGGGUAGUGAGAAAAUUACUUUGUACACAACUGCUGGGAUAGACCUCCCUAACCAACAGAUUCUGCAUUCAUCACAAUUACAAACAGGCACAAGCCAAAAUUACGUUUAUUUUGGUGGCAUUUGAAUUAUACACUCACAUGCAGAUCCCAAGCACUACAAUACAAAUUAUGUCUCCCAGAAAUCUGCGAAGACAUUAGGAGCUGGAUGCACAUUUUUCAAAUCAAGUCUAUUUCUACUAAUAUUGAAGAAAUCUUCAAAUUUCCUGAAAGCACAAUAUCCAGGUACCCAUCUAAUGGGGGGCAGGAGAAGCAGGAAAGAAAGAAAGAAAGAAAAAAAAAAAGAGGAGAUAAUCAGGUAGCCAUAUUUACCUUCUAAAAUACUAUUAACUAAUACAAAACUCUUCAAGUCAGGAUUUACCUUGUUCUUACUUAUACAAUGCACAAAUUUUGUUUUCCAACCCUUCUAGUGAUAGCAGUACCGAGUAAAUUUUUAUGUAUUUGUGAGAUUAGGAAAAACACUACAGCACCAAGAUGUUUUGCCAAUGCCAUACAGGAUUUCAUUAACAGAGACAGUGGGUAGAGGAGAAAUCUCCUCUGGAUCUGUGUCUGAGGCUAUUACAGAUCUGAGAGCAGGUAUGGACAACCUUCUGCUUUGCUAUUUCACCUUUCUCAGUAUGAUGCAUGUCCUUGCUUGAGAUUAACUGCCAACAGCAAUAGCCUAAAUAAACAGGAUUUUGGUGUGAUCUAUUAUCCAGGGAUGUGUGAUAACUCAUAUUGCUGGAGCCUUUCAAACUCACAUUCUCCCCAUAAGGCAUGGCCUGUUUCACUCCUAAAAGCUCAUUGAAGAUGUUUUUUCUAGAUUUUGUUGUUGCUUUAUUUUUGUGUUAGACUUCACAGGGUUGGUUCUUUCCUCCUUCAAAACACAGAAAUGCAAAAUCCUUAACACUCUGUGCUUAUAUGGGCACAUACUAAGAACAUAAAUUCACAGCCAUGAGUGUGCAGCUCUAGUUUUGUAGGAAAUGUCUGACACGAAUGAGGGCUUUAUUAGAGGAGAGUAAAACCAAACGUUUUCAGGCAGGGGAAUGACUCUCCUGGAACCAUCGGGACCAUUGUUACAGCAGCAGGGCAGCUGUGCUGUGUAAGUCCCCGAGCUGCCGAGGCA